CGUCUUCUUGCCCGGCGUCAGAGAAGCAGCCAGCCCAGCGACACAAAAGGGCAUGGCGUCGGACCAGCUCACGCCGUCCAAGGCAGCCCCCCGCGGGCCGGACCCUGCCGUCGGCGUCUACUACAAGCUGGCCUUCUUCAGCGUCGCCCUCUUCGCAGCGCCCCUCUCGGCCUUUUACCUCUCGCGCGAGCGCCUCUUCGAAGGAAACGUGACAUACGCCGGCGGCCUCGCAGCCCUCGUCGCAAACGUCGUUCUCGUCGCCUACAUCGUCGCCGCCUUUCUCGAGGACCAGGGCGACGCGCCUGCUGCAGCUACAGCGUCGGCGGCAGCAGGAGGCCAGCCAAGAAGGCUCGAGACAAAAGCAGCAGCAGCAGCAGAGACGAAAAAGGAGCAAUGAGAUGCAGCAGUGAUGAAUUGGAUUGGGCAGUGAUGCUGUCUGGCAUUUCUGCGCGCUGAUGGAUGAUGAUGAUGAUGGAUAAUGGACAUGAGUAGCUAGCGUGAAAUAUUGAAGUUGAGAGAA